CAGGUUUAAGGAGACACAAUACACCGCGUAAAACCUUGCCAGUCUGCGAUAACAAUGGCAACACGGAAGGUUGGUUCCCAGGGAGUAGCAAGUUCUCGCUGGCACCGCGUCGAAUCGUGAUCGGAGCGCGGCGAGAGACGAACACACGAGACGCCAUAUUGAGAGAGGCGAGUGUUGACCGAAUGAACGCGCGGCCUAGGUGUUUACGCGGUUCCGGGUUAAAGUCGUGGUAAGUGCGAAUCGAUCCCGUGCUGUUCGCCUGGCAUACGCACGACGUGAAGACGUUGCGCCGUGUGACAUGCGUGCUACUCGAGCGCGGAAUACUGACAUGAGCGGCAGCGACGGCGAGGACGGACCGCGUGAGAGGAGCAUCACCGCUAGCAGCAACACCAUCGCCAGCGGGAAAAACGGCGAGCUCACGAUGGAAGACAUUCCAAUGGGAACGGCCGCGGUGAUAAGAAGGUUGCUUAAAAUAAACGCCAACGAGGAGCCGUUGUUCGACGAAGACGCCGUUGCCGUCGGCGACCACGAUUCCACGCGGAAGCGUCGCGACGCUAACGCGCCAAACGACCACGAGGACGGAGACGCGCGCGUCCUACACCCCGUCAUCACGGACUCUGUUCCGACCGGGUGUGCAACGGUUGAUGAUGAUUUGGUCAAUGCAUUCAUAAGAGGAUUAAAAUUGGGAGUUACUAUGGAUCGGUGUAGCCCACCUCAAAUAAGCACCGAAGCACUUAUCAAUUCAUAUACCUCUAUGACAGUCGUAGACAGCACAUCGCGACAUGGGAAAGAAGCCUGCUCAUGUGAUGCUUACAAAGUUAAAAGAGAUAUGUUUAGGGAAGAGUUGCAGAAAGCUAUGAAGUUCCAAAACUUAUGGACCGAACUGCGAAAAUGUAUACGUACUACCUUUAAUGCCACCUUGGAAAUACCUUAUGCAUCAAAUCCUCCAGAGUCCCAAUAUAGAUUAUCUUUGACUGAUAUGCACGAUACUGUUAUUCAAUUAUGUAAAAGGGAUCCUCUCCAACUUUUUAUGAGGCUAGUGAGUCAGGCGCAAGAAUUUGUAGUGGAAGUAAAAGUUCGUUUAUUAGCACUUUUACAUGAUCGUAGCAUACGCAAUUUAGCAGAAAUUUUUCUCACAGGUCUGUUGGACGAUUAUGACGCUCUUGUGUCGACAGCAAUACAGAUUUCAGAAUUAAUGAAGCCAUUGAAAGAAUACCUCUUCAAAUUUAAUUUGACAUGGGACUGUUUCAUCAAAAAACUAUAUCAGAUUUACGUUUACAAUGAUCCUUUAGUGCAGAAUAAUUUACCCACGUUUAUCGGCCAGCUGAGAAAACUUUUGCCGUUGAAAGAUACAAAAUACCAAGGUCUUGUUCAUAGAUAUUUAUCUUUCGACGACGAAAUGACAAGAAUCGGGAAUUUAUGGCCUGAAACGGAACCAUGGAUGGAUAAAUAUAAUGCAGAGCAAGCUGUUCGAAUGACAAGACUUAGGCAGAUUAGAGAAGCCUGGGAAUUGUUUUCAGCAACACGUAAACUUAUGGAACAUAACAUGUUAAACAAAACGUCUGACAUUGGAACUGAAAUGCAGGAAAUCCAUGGGCAGUUCUCGACACUUAUUGCGCAUACAUCCGAAAACGACAGCCGCCCUUCAAGUCCUGUACUUGACUUCAAUUCGGAUUCUAUAGCUAUGCCUCCUAGUAUAGAAAUAGUUCAAAUAUUAUUGGACGAUUGGAAUAAGGCGCAACAUCAAAAACUAGCAGACAUAGCUGGUGCGUUAACUGCUAGCGAAGUGGAUGCUGUCGGGCAAAAUGAUUCCAAUUGCUACGAUUACACUCGUAUAACAUGUCACCUUGCGCAAUAUGCCAUCAGGUCAGUUAGGACCAACAGUGACGAUUCCAGCGGUUUGGAGAAUGGAGUUGAGAAUGGAAAAGAAUGCGAUUGUCACUCAUGCAAUGAAACGGAAGUAGACCAUACGGCUGCGCAACGCAAAAUAGAAAAUGCCACGAAGGAGAAGAAUGCAAAUUCUCCUCCACCUCUUAGCAACGGAUUUCCAGAAGAAUCCGUGAACUGUACAGUGACGCAGAUCAAGAAGCUAGACAGUCCCAAUGACGAAGAAAUGAAGAAGAAAGAGCCAAGCGUGCGCAAUAAAGACACCGCCACGAAGACACCCGAACUGAAGCCUUGCUCUUGUGUUUACCAACACGCGAGAGAAAUAGCGGAAAGAAAGAAGGAAAUCCUGGAAAAUCCGCCUUGCCCUUGUCUUCUGAACUCGAGGCGCAAAUGGGACACGUGUCCUUGCUUGACCAAAUCUAUACAGCCCGCAACGGUUCUGGCGAACGGCCGCUCCAAAACAAUAUCGCCUGCUUCUGUUACGAAGACCAAUCCAGAGAUGAGCCAGAAACCCGCGGUAAAGACCGGCUCUACGCAAUCGGCGCAGACCCAGACGAGGCAUUCCACUACGCAAACACCUAGCACGACUCACAAUCACAACAUGCAUCAGGGUACCAUUCAUCCGUUCCCUCCUGCUCCACUGACGGAACUGACGAAAAACACAGGUGCAUCCUAUCCCAGAUUUUACAUGUAUAACAAUCAUACACCGCACGCAUGCCACAGACAAGCCAAUGUCGAGCACAUCAAGAGAGUGUCGUGUAAUGAUUUGAGUUCUGGAGACGGCGACUGUUCGGACUCGGUGAGCAGCCAGGAAGACUCGUGUUCCACCAGUAGCUCAGCGCAGAGAGAUGUGAAUCGACACUGCGACUGCUGUUACUGCGAGGUCUUCGGCCACGGAGUUCCGUCGGUCGCGCCGGUAAGUCGAAACUAUAAUGAGAUGCGGGAACGACUGCGGCAGCUGUUGACGAAGAAGAAAGCGAAGAAGUGCAAAGCUACCGGCUGUAGCCCACCGAAAAGCCCAUCGGAAUUGUCGCCUUCUAACGUCAAUUCCGAAUCUAAAGUCGCGGCAAGUUCCGUUCUCAGAUCGAACACUCCAAUUUCGACGGCGUCCACGGUUCAACAGGACCAACGGGAUCAACGGAAUUUGGAGGAAUUGUUAGAAUUUAUCGAAGGCAAUCAAAAUAGCAAGAAGGAUAAUAACAAGAAGGCUGAAAAGAAAGCGAGACAGAAGCAGCGGAAGCUUGAGGAAAAGUUGAAGAAGGAUAGACAAGAAGCUCAAAGACAAAAGUUGAUAGAAUUACAAAAGAAAACGCCUGAAGUAACGAUCACCGUUGUCGAUCCUAAGAAGCCUCCGCCUCGUCGAUUUUUGCCCCAGUGUGGUUUACCGGAAGUUUCUAUUCUGCCGACAUCUUCGCGGGUGUCGUUGCCCGUGAUAAAACAGUUGAACGACAAGAAGAAGGAUAAGCAGGAAGUUUGUAGCGACAGUAACAGUAGCAACGGCUGUAUUAGUAUUAAUCGUUUAAAUACAAAGACAAAGACAUCCUCCGCGAAUUUAAAUGCGAAAAACAAGAGUAUUAACAGUACUGACAAGUGCGAAAUACGAAGUACGAACUCCAACCAAGGAAAUAAAAAUAGCACGAAAAACGACAAAGUUGACUCCAACAAUAAGGGGAGCAAGCAGCCUGUCGCGAACGUUAAUGCCGUAUGUGCGAAAAGCGCUUCUACCAAUAAUACAGACAAGUUAUCCGACGUUGAUUUACUCGACAAGAAGUUGACGAAGAAGGAAAGGAAAAAACUGAAGAAGGAAAUGAAGAAGUUGGAGGAAGCGAAGGCGAAGGAGUCUGGAAACUCCGCACAAGCAGAGUCUCAGCCGCAGAUAGUGACUAUUAAGAGAGUACUCGAGUCGAACAGCGUCGAGCCGACGGUGACGAUCACUUUGAAGGGUCAGACACCGGCCGAGGACAAAGUUUUAUUCACACUGGUGAAUGGACAAACCAAGGAACCUUCCAACAAAACGGAGCAAGAACAGAACCAAGGUAACGGCGGGAAGAAGAAGAAGGUGAAGGCGAAUAAUAACAACAAUAACUCUCUGCAACAAGGAAAUAAGUUGCAACAAUCGAACAAUUCGAAGCAAACGCAACAGACGACGAAUAAGGCCGGCGAUGGUAAGAAUCUUAAGCAGCAAACGAAUAACGAAAAGUCGAAGACCAGCAAGCAGCAGGCGGAUGAGAAGAAAGCCCAACAACAGACCGUCAAUGAGGCGAAAAAUUCCAAGUCGAAGAAGGACAAGAAGAACACGGAAAACAAAGAGAACAUGCUGCAGCAGCAGAACACGUUGAACAAGACCAAGAAUCAGCAGAACGUCAAUAACAAGAAGCAGAAUAAGACGAAUACGCCUCCUCAGACACCGGUAUCGCAAAAGCAACAGCAGAAUCAUAACAUUGCGAACGAAUCCGCGACUGGUAAAAAGACGAAGAAGCAACAGCAGCAGCAGCAGCAGCAAGAUAAGAAUGCACAAUCCAAUUCCAGUAAAAGCAAUAAAAAUACUAAUAACAAUAGCGCCAACAAAGUAACAAAUAAGAAUGAUUCUCAGAAAAAUGUAAGUAAGAUGAAUCAAAUUACCGUCAAGCAACGUUCGCCUAUGGAAGUUCAAAACACGUGCUACGAACGGGUCAACUCACCGCUCAGCAGUCAAUUCAAGGACAUUGGUCCGAAUUCCAAGAUCGACAUCGAGAACCUGAAGCUGCCGCCAGGCAUCACGAUCACGAAGGUGGAUGCUCCAGCGAAACCGAUUCCGAUCAGACCCGCUCCCAUGCCAAAGCCAGUGAACCCACCCAAGCAAACUACUAUCAUUGCUGCGCCGAUGAGCGGCGUGCAGUCGAGUUACGCAAGCUCACAAGCUGGCGGAAACGUCAUAGUGGUGGACACGGGGAAGCUGAAGCAGGACCUGCUUCCGAAGACCAAUGAGAAAGAUCCGCCAAAAGAAGCGCAAGUUCUGGCUACCACCAGCAGUAAGAAGAAGAAAAAGAAGAACAAGAAUUCAGCGAAUUCAGCGAACAACAUGACGGCUUCUACGUCGCCGGUGCAAAGCAACGAUGCGUUCGCGAGCGAUCAUAAUGUAGUGGACGAGCCUGCCAGGAUACUGCACAAUCCUGGCACGAAUAUGGUGACUAUAAGAAAUCCGUCGUUCGGACCGAUGAAAGUGCCGCCGACGCAACAAGCCGCCAUCAUAAAGGUCUCGGAGAACGGUAUGGUGACGAUCCGAAGCCCUGCUCUGCAGCAGGCGAUCAACGCCGGCCUGACGUCCGCCCCCAGGCCGGAUUACAUCGUCAAGGGCGACAUGUCGUCUAGCAACAGGAUGUCGACGACGAUGGCGUCCGACGUGACGAGCACGAACGUAAAACACGCGAACGGCGUCCUACCUUCAAGCCUGGCAGAGCUACGCAGCCGACUGACGCCGACCGACUGCGCCUCCUUGUCCGGGCUAGCCAAUAUUCAGAUCAGCAAGGUAACGAACGGCCAACCGAUCCCGGAGAACGGAAUCAAUCUGAAGGGCACCAGCGUGACCCUGACGAAGGUGAAGCCGGCCGACGCGACUAUGGAGAACGUGAGACAGUCGAAGGGCGCAGCGAAGGAGGCGAUGAGUGCCUCGAUCACAGCUACCGGCAGCGGUGACGGUGGCAGUGCUGGCAGCUGUGGCAGCGGUGGUAGCGGUGGCGGAAAGAGCAAGAAAAAGAAAAAGCGCGGAGGCGGCGGAACGAGACAGUGCGGGGAUGACUGGAACCUCGUUGAGAGCGUAUUCACGCCCAAAGAUAUAGAGGAGGAGAUGGACGACGCUGAGAAGGAGCUGGAGGCUUUCAAGGCUUUCUGCCUGCAGUCGGUGCCGCCACCGCGCAAGGAGAAGGUCAAUCUCAAUCUCAAGGACAUCGUGUUCAAGAAGAAAUCCUCGUCGUCCUCAUCGUCGUCUUCGUCGUCGUCGUCGUCAUCGUCGUCGUCGUCGUCGUCGUUGUCAUCGUCGUCGUCAUCGUCGUCGUCGUCAUCCUCCUCUUCCUCGUCGACGACGGCGACAGCGACGGGGCCGACGACCAACAACGUGACUGAUCCGACCGACUGAUCAAUCAAAUAAUCUUGCGUCGUUGUCCAAUCGCAGUGCACAACCAACUGCCAAGCUCGCGGUCCGACGUGCGCUCCGGGACGACUCGCGUCCACGUCAACGUCGAUCUCACGCGCUCGUGAGAAGCUAUAAGCACGACGUCCGCGUAGGCGGGAGUGCAGCGAUUUUCUAGCGCGGGAAUGGUAGGGAAAGAGGCUCCUCCGCGACGCGCAUUGGGGAACGACGGCGAAGCGAUCGUCGAAGAAGACGAGUAGAAAGAACGCGAAUUCACACCGAGUGCGACUCGCGUUCUCGUCGGCUCGAAUAUCGUGUUCGUCGAGUGCGGACGAUUCCUGCGACGCAGCGAUUCGGCGAUUACUGAAACGCGGAAACUCGGACGAGAGAGAGAGAGAGAGACGGGAAUUCGGAGAGAGACGUGACGCGAAUGGUCGCCGAGCGACGACGACGUCACUGUAUAUGUGUUAUCGUUGAAUUAUAAUUAGGAAACGAAUUCCUAUGUCGCGAAUCGACGAUAAUUAUGUUGAUGAUGAUGAUAAAGAUGAUAAUGAUGAUAAUGAUAAUGAUAAUGAUAAUGAUAAUGAUAAUCGCGAUGAAAUCCUCGUACGCCUGCAUACACCGUUCCGCGACGGGAUCGGUGGUAUUUGUAAAAACGCUCGGCCAUGCCGAGACAUUAUAAAUAACGCAUCUGUCAAGUUGUAUAACUAAUAACGAGUGUCGUCGUCACUUCAUCGCGCGUAUGGCGGCCAGAGAGCCUCGCACAUCGCCGGUGGUUGACGAAGAGAUGCGUCACUCGACACAAUUAUACGCGUGCGAAAUAUAUAUAUAUACAUACACGUACAUA